AAUCUUUCCGAAACUGCCACCAUAUGACAAAUAAAUGCAGCAAGAGAUUUUCAAAAUCCAGACUUCUCAUCGACCAACCAAAGUAAAAAACACAGCAAUUUUUUUUCCCAAGUGAUUGAGAAAGAAUGAGCAUGAGAGAUGAAGAAGCUUAUAGCAAGAUGUGGAAUAAGAAGGGGUUGGGAUGGAUUGCAUGGUUAAGAGGAUGCUUUCAUUUGAUGCACGACAUGUUGUUCCAGAGGAUCAUGACUAGACAUCUGCACAAUCCAAUGCCUCUUCCUCCUCUCCAUCCAGAUUUCACUUGUCUUGUCACUGGUUGCACCAAUGGAAUUGGCCGCGAAAUCGCGAGGCAGUUAGCAGAAGCAGGGGCGCACGUUGUAAUGGCAGUUCGGAAUACUACAAGAGCUAAUGUUCUCAUCGAGAAAUGGCAGUGCGACUGGUCUAAAAUGAGCCUUCCUCUCAAUAUUGAGGUGAUGGAGCUUAAUCUCCUCUCAUUGGAUUCUGUUGCGAGAUUUGCUGAAGCAUGGAAUGCACGCUCAGUCCCUUUGCAUGUGCUCAUCAACAAUGCCGGGAUAUUUUCUAUUGGAGAACCUCAAAAAAUUUCAAAGGACGGUUUUGAAGAGCAUAUGCAAGUGAAUCAUCUAGCGCCAGCCUUGCUUUCAAUAUUGCUUUUGCCAUCUCUCAUCAGAGGCUCUCCCAGUCGGAUUGUCAACGUUAGUUCAACUAUUCACCAUGUUGGCUUUGUUGAUCCUGAAGACAUGAAUGUCUCGACUGGAAAGAGAAAGUACACAAAUUUAGCGGGUUACUCAGGCAGCAAACUAGCACAGGUGAUGUUCAGUAGCAUACUCAACAAGAAAUUGCCUUCCAAGGCUGGUAUAAGCGUAGUAUGCGUAUCUCCUGGAGUAGUUCAGACCAACUUCGCAAGGGAUCUUUCCAAGAUUGUUCAAAUCGUGACUCGUCUGUUUCCAUAUUAUAAGUUCAGUCCUGAAGAAGGUGCUAGAAGUGCCUUGUUCGCGGCCACAGACACUCAAAUUUCAGAAUUCUGCAAGAAGCUGGAAUCAGAUGACUGGCCAGUUUGUGCUUUCAUUUCUCACGAAUGUCGUCCUACAAAUCCUUCUGAAGAAGCGCAUAAUCUUGAAACCUCUUACAAUGUGUGGGAGAAGACAAUGGAAAUGAUUGGCCUUCCAUCAGACACAGUGCAGAAACUUAUAGAAGGGCAGCAAGUUAAAUGCAGAUAUGGUUCUCAUCAAGAUUAGUGUUUUUUCCCAAAUAGUUUCAAUUUUUUGAUAAAAUUACAAUUAGUGGUUUUGUGAUCUAAUUUUAAGGCCAUUUAACAUCAUGCUAGACAAAAAUGCAAAAGUUCAACUUGAAGAAGAGGCAGAAACUGCCUCUGUUAUUUUCUGAUGCAAAAUUUUUAAGUACUAUAGUUA